UGCGCGCGUGGCUCCGAGUGUGCGCCGCUGUGAUCGCGAAGGGUCUGGAGCGGGCGGCAGGGCGGGCUGGGAGAUCUCCUCCCCCCACCACAUUGAGAAAUCUCAGUGAGUCACCGAGUGGUUCUGCAUAUUAAUGAGCUCGCUCUCGGAGAGGGCAGGAGCGAAUUUAAAAGAGGCCAGGGUGGGCGGAGGGAGGCUGUGGGGAGAUCGCAGCACCCAGCGCCAAGCGCAGCUCAGCAGCGCGACAGACGGCAGGAGCUCCCACCGACGGGCGCAGCUGGAGCAAGCCGGGCAGGGAGGCGUGCUCUACGCCGAGAACCGAGCCGGGCGGCAUCCCCCGGCCGCCGCACGCACAGGCCGGCUCCCUCCUCGCGUCCCUGCUCCCCACUGCGCUGCUCCAGCCAGCAUGAGGCUCCUGGCGGCCGCCCUGCUCCUGCUGCUCCUGGCUCUGUGCGCCUCGCGCGUGGACGGGUCCAAGUGUAAGUGUUCCCGGAAGGGGCCCAAGAUCCGCUACAGCGACGUGAAGAAGCUGGAAAUGAAGCCAAAGUACCCGCACUGCGAGGAGAAGAUGGUCAUCAUCACCACCAAGAGUAUGUCCAGGUACCGGGGCCAGGAGCACUGUCUGCAUCCCAAGCUGCAGAGUACCAAACGUUUCAUCAAAUGGUACAAUGCCUGGAAUGAGAAGCGCAGGGUCUACGAAGAAUAGAGUGACCAAUCUCGGGAAGAAAAACUCCAGGCCAGUUGAGAGACUUCAGCAGAUUAAAAUAAAAGCCCUUUCUUUCUCACAAGCAUAAAACAAAUUAUAUAUUGCUGCGAAGCUCUUUUUACCAGGGUCACUUUUUACAUUUUAUAGCUCUGUGUGAAAGGCUUCCAGAUGUGAGACCCAGCUCUCCUGCACUCCAGACUUCAUUUCCAGUGGCUUUUUGCCGAAAAGGGGGAGGGCGGGGGGGACAACUCAAGCCUUUCCUUUCUAAAAUAAGGGGUUCUGUAUUUGUCCAUAUGUCACUACGCAUCUGAGCUUUAUAAGCGCCUGGAAGGAACACUGCGCUUGGUAGAGGUGUUUCAUUGCUCUAUUACUCUGGUCCAGGCUCUGGAAGCUUCCGCUCAGAGGGCCUGGCGCCUCGGCACAGCUGCCAUGGGCUCUCCUGGGCUUAUGACUGGUCAGGGUCUCCGUGGCCCCGUUGUAGAGCAAUUGGGAGCAGGUCCUUGGACAUCUGUGCCUUGAGGAACUCAGUCUGGUUACCAUGAUAAGCUCCAUCCCCACCCCCACCCCAGUUCAUGAUCCAGCAAGCAAUCCCUAAAGGAGCUGGGUCUUUCUUCCAACCUGAAGGUUUCUGCUGCUUUGGCAGACCAUGUUUCUGAAGCAUGGCAAGUUCCUAGCACUGUGAGGAGACAGCCCAAGGAGGAGACGGAAAGAUUCAGGACUAUAUGCUCGACACAAGCCAGAGCCGAACAUCCCUUUGGCCCCAGGGAAACUUUCAAAGCUUUGUUUCUUUCCCUCACCCCAACAGAAAGCACACACCCCACCCCUCCAGUGCAGAUGCAAACAGCACAGUCCUCUUUGGGAGUUAGGAAUUAGGAUGAUACUGAACCCUUUCCUGUGUACAUACCACCUUCUGUGUGCCCUGCUGCACACCGCCCUUCAGUAGAGGCCGCCCUGUGCGGCUGUUUCUCUGCUAUGUAAAUGCGAGAGCCAUGAGCUGCAUGCCGGGUUCAUGUUCUUUCUAAGAUGAAAAAGAAAGUAAUAAAAUAUAUUUGAAGUUACCAAAA